AUGAAUACCUUAACGAGCCACCAACAACAACAACCCUAUGGGAUCCAACCUACACCCAGUCCCGGCCAGGUCGUACCGAGCAUCAACAACCUCAUUAACCCGCCACCGCAGCAGCUUGACGGCUCAGCACAGUCCUUCGCAACUCCCCCGAACGCGGCUCAUCAUGGCCCAUCACAGCAUCCAGCGCAAACACACCAGCCACACCAGCCGCACCCGCAGCAUCCACAGCACCAGGCACAACCCUCGGAUGUCAGGGUGACCAAGGGCAAAUACUCGCUCGGUGACUUCGACAUGCUACGAACGCUGGGGACAGGCAGCUUUGGGCGCGUUCACCUGGUCCAGUCAAAACAUAAUCAGAGGUUCUAUGCCGUCAAGGUGUUGAAGAAGGCGCAAGUCGUCAAGAUGAAGCAAGUCGAGCACACCAAUGACGAGCGGCGCAUGCUCGGGGAAGUUAAGCACCCUUUCCUCAUUACGUUAUGGGGAACAUUUCAGGACCCAAGGAAUUUGUACAUGGUCAUGGACUUUGUCGAGGGUGGCGAGUUGUUCUCAUUGCUGAGAAAAUCUGGCCGAUUCCCCAACCCCGUGGCCAAGUUCUACGCCGCCGAGGUGACUUUAGCGCUAGAAUACCUGCACUCGAGAAACAUCAUUUAUCGAGAUCUGAAGCCUGAAAACCUCCUGCUUGACCGGCACGGACAUCUCAAAAUUACGGAUUUUGGGUUUGCGAAGCGUGUACCCGACAAGACGUGGACGCUAUGUGGCACGCCCGACUAUCUGGCGCCCGAGGUGGUUUCCAACAAGGGCUACAACAAAUCAGUGGACUGGUGGUCAUUGGGCAUCUUGAUCUACGAAAUGCUCUGUGGCUACACGCCCUUCUGGGAUAGCGGAUCGCCCAUGAAGAUUUACGAAAACAUCUUAAGGGGCAAGGUCAAGUAUCCGCAGUACGUCAACCCCGACGCGCAAGACCUGCUAGAACGGCUCAUCACGGCGGACUUGACGAAGCGACUCGGCAACCUGUACGGAGGAUCGCAAGACGUAAAGAGUCACGCUUGGUUCGCUGAAGUCACGUGGGAUCGUUUAUCGCGGAAGGACAUUGAUGCGCCGUAUACGCCGCCCGUCCGCGCUGGCGCCGGGGACGCGAGCCAGUUUGACAAGUAUCCCGAGGAGACGGAGAAGUAUGGCGCACCGGGUUCUGACGAGUAUGGUCACAUGUUUGUUGACUUUUGA